UUCUCGUGUUAACCGUUAUCUAUCUGCCAGUGCUGGUGCUUAUUCAUGGAAUUUUUAAGAAAUUCGUCACAAUUUAAGUUGCGGACGGUUUUGAGUUGUUAAAAUAAUAAUCCCCAGUGUUCAUCAUAACCAAUCGAUGGAAUGUGAAAAUAAUUGUUACCUGCACGCUUACACAUCCACCUGACGUCAUACUAGUUUUAAGAACACUAUAAACAUGGAGCUACGUUAUUGGGAAAUAUUUUUCGUGCUGAUCUAUUUGAAGGCCUAUUCCAAUGCUUUGGCCCAAGUAACCAAUCUUACCGAAAUAAAUUCAUCAAGUAGCAGCGCGGAGCAGUUAAUAAAUCAAACGUUAUCGGAGUCCCCUCUACCAAUAUCUUCGGCAACGGAUCCCACGACAGAAUCAACAAUCGCUAGUAGUAGUCUGCGGCCAUCAGGCGCACCUGAUUUGAAUUCUUUGCAGAAACAAUCUCAGCCUGAAGACUGCUCCCAGCGUGAAAAAUAUAGGCUUCAGCCAGUGGCCAGGGAAUCGUCCCGUUUGCGAAAAUGCUGCCCCAUUGGCGAGAAUCUGGAUAUUUACAGAGAGAAUCAGAGUGAUUCCAUGUGCGAUAACGAGGUGGUUAAAUUCGAGCCCACUAUAAUUAGUGCUGUGUUGUUUGAUAACUGCAUUGAGGAUCUGGAGAUACCGACUACGCUGUCGUACGAUAUCGGAAACCCCUGCAACAGCUCCCUUCUCUACGAGGGUGGUGAGGAUGUGUUCUUUGUGCUCCAAGAUGGAUCCCUGUUAAUCAUCGACAAGUUCGGAAACGAUUCGUAUACGGUGGAGAAAAACUACUGCCUGGAUAUUGACAAAUCGGGGCAGUUGUUCGCUUUUACUUGCAUUACCCAGGUUGAGGACAAGAUUGCAUUCGCGAAGGUGCUCUUUGUGGCCGUGUUGAUGCUAAUAUCCAUGCCAUGCCUGCUGCUGGUCAGUUACUUGCACCUGUCCCUGAAGCUGUUGCGAAACUUGCACGGGCUCUCACUGAGUCUGAUGUCCAUGUGCUUGGCGUCGGGAUACUUUGUGCACUCGGUGGUGCACAUCUACUCUGUCCCCAACACAGGGAUCAUAGGCUACGUUAUCCAGUUUUUCAUCCUCAGCUAUUUCUUCUGGUACUUUGUGGUGUGCUUUAACGUCCUCCUGAAUGUGUGGUACAAGCUUCCCUGCCGCGUCCAGCUGUCCAAGUCCUGGGCCACCUUUAACUUUGCGUGUUACUGCUUCUUCGCCAUUGCCGGACCCUCUUCCAUAGUGGCGCUCACGGUCCAAAAAGGGCUGCCAGGCAUGCCCUCGUACUUCCUGCAGGGACUCACAGAGUCCAUACGUGACUCGCAGCGCUACUUUAUACCUCCAGUUUCCACCAUACUGUUCCUCAGCUUUUUGAUUAACAUAUUGUCCUUCUUCGGUUUUCAACGCGUGAAAGGCUACGAACUGGCAGAAAAGAAGGACCAAGGACAGGACCCAGUCCAGAAUAGCAUAGCGUUUGACCAACAGAAGUUCGAAGACGUCAAAAAGGAUGCCAAGUGCGUCUGUCUUCUGGGAAUAAUCCUCAUCAUAAGCUGGCUCCUGGAAAUAGUCACUUUCUACUCGAACUCCAACUCCAAUUACCUCCUCCUCUGCGACAUGGUGAACGGUCUUCAAGGAGUUUGGGUGCUGCUCAUCUUCUUGGUGGUGCGAAGACGCCGCACCAUAAUAAUGCGGUGGUGGCGUGAUCGGGGCUCCCACGAAAUUAAUGAAACCGAGAUGCAAGAGCUACGUAAAGAUAAAAAUCCCACGUAGACCUGUAAUGCCCAUUCGAUUCCUUGCUUAGCAAGCUUACAUUCCAAAGAGAAUAAACAUAAAAAUUUUGGAUAUAGUAUACCCUCUUCAACCAUCAUUUAAUUAGAAUAGAGACCCCAAUCCCAAACAAGUUGGCAUGGCUUUUUAUAUAUGCAUAUAAAUGGUUGUUUAUUUAGACUUAUGUAUAUAAUUACUAAAUGUUUGUUGUCACUUUUAUGGUCAUAUAAAGUUAAAUAGUCCGUUAA